AUGGUAGUCAAAGAGAAUGGCCAAGUGACAGAUGUCACGGCGAAAACAAAGAGCCGAACGGAUCUUAAAAAGUCACGGAAGAAGGGCUUCGCGCGAUGGACAGUCGGGCUUGUCGUGAGGCUAUGUAUCUGGUAUGCACUCGUGACAUCGUUCCUCAGAUGCCCAUCCCGCCUCGCAGACCUCACAGAGACCUCACCUCGAGUCUGCAAGCCUUACUUGAUUGCUCGUUCGCACGUGGAACCUUAUAUGACACCAUAUUAUGAUAUUUAUGCAGCGCCUUACGUUGAUCAAGCCCGACCAUAUGUUGAUCAAGCCCGGCCAUACGUGGAAAUGUUUAAUCAGCGAGUUUAUACCCCAGCGUCAAAAGUUGCCAAAUCAGGAUAUGAAAAGUAUGGAGCGCCGGCAUUGAAGCAAGCUCAGGCAUAUGGGAUUGAGCAAUGGCAAAAUCAAGUCACACCAAGACUACAAACUGCUCAAAAUAAGGCGCACCAGCUUUAUUUCGCCGAGAUUGAUCCCUAUGUCCAGCAAAGCGUUGCUGUUGUCUCUCCACACUAUCAAUGGGCCAACACUGUUGCGCUCAAUGUCUACCAGGGCUAUCUAGUACCUUUGUACGCGCGUUCCAGGCCUUUCAUCGGGAAAGCUUACUCCACGAGCCAGGAUAUUUUGAUAACCCAUGUCUUGCCCGGGGCGCAGUACACUUGGUCAUCCGCGGUCUACUUUGCGAACAGCUCACUAUGGCCGCAUGUUACUGGUCUUUACUCUGAGCAAGUCGAGCCCCAGCUGGUCAAGAUUGGCCAGCGAUUGGCAAGCUACAGGGAGGGCAAGCGGCUUCGCGCUGCCGUAGAGGACGUGGAUAGCAGCUCAACAGUCGAGCCCGUUACCUCCUCGUCCACUAAGUCACAGGAACAAAUCCACACCACGACCACUGUGACUUCGACUUCCACGCCCCAGGCUUCCGUCCAACCCACUCUAACUCCUACCGAGCAAGCGCAGCAAGUCCGGGAGAAGAUAGAUUCGGACCUCGAGCGAUGGCAGGCAAAGUUUGCUUUGGCAGCUGAUAAAGGCAUUGAAGACCUUGAGGAACGUAUUGGGGAGAUCGUGUCCGCCCUGGUUGCAAGCAGCGCGAACACUCACGGCCAGAGCCUUUCUACCGCGCUUCAGUUGGUUUCCGCUGAGCAGCUUUCCUCCAUCAAGCAACGUAUCAAUGAACUUGCGGAUUCCAUGCCAGAGGAGGAUGCCCCGGAGAUCGAGGAGUCUACUAAAGACUUGCUGGUUCGGGAUAUCCGAACUUCUGCUAUCUCUGUGAGAGAUCGCGCCCAUGCACUCCGAGAAUGGUCCAUCUCGUUCGAAGACGAACUUGUUCGCCGAGUCACUGCUGAUGUCAAUUCGACACUGGAUGUGCUCGACAGUAUUCGCGAUCUUGGGCUACAAGAAAUUGGCAUGCGCUGGGCGUGGAUGGAUGGCGUCACAUACAAGGAUUGGGCGAAGUACCACGCCCUCAAAGCCCAACUUGAAGAAUGGCGCAACGACGUCCGAAAUGUCGGCAUGAAUCACAAAUCCGUAUCCGACGCCAGGGCCGUGGCAAGUGACACCUUGGACCAGGGCAUGCAUGAAGCCGAACAAGCCGCCAAGGAACUGGUCCGGUUGAAGGAUGUUGGGUUCUGGAAGAUCGCCGCUCGUGAAGUAAGCGAUGAUUUCGAUACUCGCACCGAAGCCCCGCCGGCGAGGCCUAAGCCUCAGGAGGAGACAGAGGAAUCUGACGAAGAGGCCGCCGAGGUGGAUUCCGAUCACGAUGAGUCUUCCGAAGAGGCGGAUUUCGAUGACGCUGAGGAGUCUGUUAUGAACGAUGAUAUUUUGGUGGAAGAGCAGCCCUCCGCAAGAUCUGCCUUUGGUGUUGCGGCCGCCGAUGCAAAUUCGCAUCAAGCGCCUAUCCUAGAUGACGAGAGCCAAGAUGUCCUGGACAGUUUGGCGAGCAAGGCUGGCGAUACUUACGCCGAGGCGAGCAAUGCUGUCAGCGAAGCUAUCCAUGGCACUCCUCUGAGCCCCGGUGAGAAGAUCUCCAGUGACGCCUCUCAAAAAUAUAGCGAUGCAGUAGCCGCUGCAUCGUCGGUCAUCUACGGCACCCCAUCACCGGUUGUCCAAUCUUUGGUGGGUGGAGCUAGCUCGGCAUUUGCUGAUUCCAUAGAUCAGGCCAAAGUACUCUAUGAGAUCGCGAAGUCUCAAGUUCUUGGCCAAAUGGCUGAAUCUAGCGCUCCUGCCCAUGCCCAGCUCCUAGCUUCCAUAGAGUCGGCCUAUUCUGGGUCUCUAAAAUAUGCCACCGAUGAGCUGGAGUUGAAGCUCCAGGCUGUUAGUGCUACCCCAACGCCACCCAACGCCGGACCUCUGGCCCAGAUUUCGUCCACCGCAUCUUCCCGGCUAAACCAGGGACUGAGCUUAGCAUCCGAACAAUUAGCACAAGUGCAGCCACCGGCAACAACAGCCAGUCUUCCUCAGGGAGGUCCCGACCCAUUCGUCCUUGAUGCGCAGCGUCGCUACUAUGAGGCAGUCGGGUUGGCCCACGAUCACUACUCUGCUUUUGUCUCUACGGCAUCUGAAGCGGUUUAUGGUUCUCCAACCCCGACCCCCACCCCAGCCGGAAGCUCGAAGCGAAUCAUUGAGGAAGCCGGGUCUCAAUACCAGCGCGCUUCUUCGUUGGCCUCUGCCAGCCUUGCCGCUGUCAUCGCAUCGGCAAGCUCGGCCGUCUCUUCCGCGGAUGACGGCAAAGCACAAAGCAUCAUUGAUGAUGCUUCAUCCAGAUACAAUGCUGCCCUCUCUGCAGCUUCUUCUUCGCUCUCUGCGGCAUCCAUUUCGGCCUCCUCGGUCAUCUAUGGGACUUCCACGGGCCCCGUAGAGUCCCUUUCUAGUCAAGCAUCUGAAAACUGGGAACAUAUCAUUUCCAAAGCCAGCAAGCAGAUAUACGGUGCACCAACGCCGUAUCUGCAGCAAGUGGUGAACGGGCGCCCGCAGUUUGAGGCAGUCCAAGAGCUCGUCUCUGAACUAAUUGUGGGCAAGCAGCCUUCAUUCACCGAGAGUGUGCUGAGCAAGCUGCACGCCGCAUACGAGACGCCUUAUCCGGCUGCCACCGUCUCAUCUGCCUCUAGCUACAUCAACCAGGCUUAUGGAUCUGCGUCCUCCGCCGCUGCUUCUAUCGCUUCAGACGUCCCGAACGUAGAGGAAAUCGUGCAACACGCGAAUGACCAACUCCAUGCUGCUGUUGAAGCCGCCAGCGUUGGUAUCUACGGAACCCCCAAGGGUUUCUACGGAAAAGCCACUGGAGCCGCAGCCGAUGCCUACUCAACGGCUUCCGCUCAGGUCAGUAGCGCGGUCUACGGGCAGGACUCUGGUUACAUCGAUGUCGCCAAGGAUGCCAUUGAGCAUAUUCAAUCCACAGCCAGCGCUGCUAUCUACGGUGAACAAUCUAACGAAAUGGAAAGCGCAACCAUCCGUCUUGCUGAAGCCGUUGAAAGCGCCAAGUCUCAGCUCGCUGAUCUAGCUGCCACCGCCGGCAGCGUUGUAUCCGAAGCAGUCGAGACCGCCGCAUCCCACGUUGAAGAUACCACAAGCAGCAUUAAGAGUGCUGCAGCUUCAGCCAAAGAUGAACUCUGA